AUCUCUCAAAGAAGAUGUCCCUGGCAAAUGGCUCUUUGGUAACUGAAUUCAUUCUCUUGGGGUUAACGGAGCAGCCUGAUCUACAAAUACCUCUAUUCUUACUUUUCCUAGUAAUGUAUAUGAUAACUGCAUUAGGAAAUUUGUCCUUGAUCAUUCUAAUUGUCCUGAAUUCUCACCUUCACACCCCAAUGUACUUUUUCCUCUUUAAUUUAUCAUUCAUAGAUCUCUGUUAUUCUUCUGUGGUUACACCCAAAAUGCUGAUGAACUUCAUACUAAGAAAGAACAUUAUUGGUUAUGAGGGAUGUAUGACUCAACUCUAUUUCUUUUGUUUUUUUGUCAUUUCGGAAUGUUAUGUUCUGACAGCAAUGUCCUAUGACCGCUAUGUGGCUAUCUGCAAUCCGCUUUUGUAUAAUGUUGCCAUGUCACCUAAAGUAUGUUCCUAUCUUAUGCUUGGUUCAUACUUCAUGGGAUUUUCUGGUGCCGUGAUCCACACUGGCUGUAUCCUGAGACUGACCUUCUGUGAUAAAAACAUCAUCAACCACUAUUUCUGUGAUCUCCUCCCUUUGAUGCAGCUCUCUUGUACCAGCACCUAUGUCAAUGAGAUAGAGAUUUUCAUUGUUGGAGGAAAAGACAUCACCAUGCCCACUAUUAUCAUCUUUAUCUCAUAUGGUUUCAUCCUCUCCAGUAUCCUCAAAAUAAGAUCCAACCAGGGCAGGUCCAAAGCCUUCAGCACCUGCAGUUCCCACAUAAUUGCUGUUUCGUUGUUCUUUGGAUCAUGUGCAUUCAUGUAUCUCAAACCCUCCUCGGCUGGAUCUUUAGAUGAAGGAAAAGUAUCUUCUGUCUUUUAUAACAUUGUGGUUCCCAUGAUGAACCCGUUAAUCUACAGCCUGAGAAACAAAGAUGUUAAAGUUGCUUUGAGAAAAACCCUGAGUAGAAAGAAGUUUUGA